AUGAGGCGACCGGCUUCGUGUCUCGCAAAGGCAAUGGCCCUCUCUGUGUCUCUUCUACCUCUUAUUUCAGCCCUCUCAAACACGACAGUGCUACCAUUGCCCGCAGACUGCUCAUCAUACCCAGACUACGACAACACUACAGGCAUAGCCGGACCAUGGACCAUAGUAGCCGACUCGACUGAUAAGCCGAUCGAUGGUUUCGGCGCCGACACUGUCUUCGCCAUCGCCGCUAAUGGGCUUUCUUGGGGAUUCUUCACAGUCAAAACCACCAAACCCCUGAACCAAACCUCAAUGCGCUGUACCAACUCUACCCUACAAGCCCACCUCCCGCGGUACCCAAACGGAACAAUCUGGAAAGAAGUCAUCGCAGCCGGCACACCCGCUGAAGAAGCCAUCGGAUUCGGAUUCCCGGAUCUGCCCGACCCGACUUUGACCAUACUUCCCUACGCUCACAUCGUCGAUGGGGUGCGACAACCGGAUGUAUUUCUGGGAGCGUUGAAUGUUACGACUUGGGGGUACAAUUACCAGAACAAUACUGAGGGGGGCGAGUAUUAUUACAUGAGGUUGCUUACGCCGGGGAGUGAGAGUCCGAGUACGGGGGAAAGGUUGAACGAGGGGGAGUUUGAAGGGUUUAUUAGGGUUGAUAGUAAUGCUACUACUGUUAUUUGAGCAAGCGGCUGAGAGAAUGAGUGGCUGGUGGUGGCUUGAUAUGGUUGGAUUAGAUGAAAAUUGCAUUGUUAUACUAUGUGAAGUAAAUAUUUACAGAAUAAGAAGAGAAGUAGUGCUACACUAAGUUGUCCCUAAAUGUCCCAAACUUUGUUAGCGGCGAUCCCUCUGGACCCUUGCUUUCAAAGGGACGCCUAACACUGCCUGUUUAUCGUGCAAAGCACUUAGCAGCCAAAGCAGUAUCAGUGCUAAAGUCCGCCCCAGUGGGCGUCAAAUCCAACGCAUAUGUGUCAUCGAAUCCACCGGCCGCCCAGCCAAUGUAUCCCAAGUAAA